ACACACUGAUGCAAUACGUCAGAACGUAUCUGGCUAGAUAACAGCGAAGCAGAUGCGCUGCCUCUUUCUGUAUUCAACAUUGUAUUUAUAUAUAUCGUGAAUCAUGGCAUGGCACUGCAGUGGAGCUACAAACCAAGAAAUGGUAACUAAAUUAAAAGAAGCAGGUAUUUUAACAACGGACAGAGCAGAAGCAGCAAUGCUUGCUGUAGAUAGAGCACACUAUUAUCAUGAAUCAAAUCCAUAUCUUGAUCAACCAAGAAAAAUUGGUUACAAUGUUACAAUUAGUGCUCCCCACAUGCAUGCAUAUGCUUUGUCCAUUCUCUCUGACCAAUUAUUUGAUGGAGCAAAAGCAUUGGACGUUGGUUCAGGAUCUGGUUACUUGUCAGCAUGUAUGGCAUUUAUGGUGGGUCCACGUGGUCAUGUGGUUGGGAUCGAUCAUAUUCCAGAGCUAAUAGAAAUCUCUAUGAAAAACGUAAGCGAAGAUUGUCCUCAUUUCAUCAAGGAAGAACGCAUUAAAUUUGUAGUGGGAGACGGCCGAUUGGGAUAUGCUGCUGAAGCCCCUUACAACGCGAUUCAUGUUGGAGCGGCAGCGGAAACUUUACCACAACAGCUGAUAGAUCAACUAACUCCUGGUGGACGGUUAGUUUGUCCGGUCGUUGCCAUAGAAGGUCUUCAGAGGUUUCAAGAUCUGGUACAAGUAGAUAAGAACAUUGAUGGUACGAUCACAAAAAAAAAGCUAAUGCAAGUCUCCUAUAUUCCUCUUACCGAUCCUGCUACUCAAUUAUCAAAUGAUUAUUAAUACAAUAUAUUGAAACACUUAGAAAUUAUAUAAGCAACUUUCAGUGUCGAAACACAAGAUUAUCAUUGGCUAAGACGAUGAUUUUGUCGUGAUAACAAUGAUUUUCUCAAUGAAUGUUAACUUGGACGAAUAUAUUUCUUUCUUUCCUCUCGCGUUACUUAGUAUUCUUGAGAUAAUGAUUUUUUUUUACUGACACGUGCAACGAUAAAAUAUAUUUUUCAUGUAUGAAGUAGCUCAACGGAGUGUUCGCUUAAUAAUGUACCACUGGUAUUGUUAUAAUAACUAAGCAUAUGAUUAAUGAUAUACAUUUAAGUAAAAUUGAUGAAACUCGUUUGAAUA